GAGCGAUGCGGGCGCUCUUUUGUUUAGCUGACUGGAUUGUUUUUAUUUUUGGGAACACAGCUAUCUCUCUCAUCUCAGUCAGCUACUCAGCUUCACAAAAUGGCUCGGUUUUUGCUUCUUGUGGCCUCGGCUUUUAUCGUAAAUACCGCCACUGCCGGGCUGAUACCUGAAAGCAGCAAUCCAUGCCAACUUGGCGGUCUGCAAGUGACAUACAGGGAUGAACGCUAUCCUUGUGGUGAGACGGUUUCAUUGGACGUGUUCAGCAACGGUAAACCUCCUGGAGACGUGACCCUGGAUGCGGAUGUCACCGAGGACAACAAGUAUUAUACGUUGGUGAUGGUAGACCCUGAUGCACCAGCAUCACGAGGACAAGCAUACUGGCUGCACUGGCUUGUUAUCAACAUUAAGGGGGACAAUUUUGCCAGUGGAUAUCACGGCAGUGGAAGCGGUAAAAUGGACUACGCGCCCCCGAGUCCCCCAAGGGGCCCAGCCCAUCGCUACCAGUUCUUCGUCUUUGAGCAACCGCGAGAGUUCGGCAAUUCCGAGAUUACGGCUCCUGAUCGCAGAGGGAGUUUUGACCUUGGAGCAUUCCAGUCUGAGUACAAUCUGGAUGGCCCAGUUGCAGGAUAUCAAAUUCUUACCCAAAACGUCUAAAGAAAAGAUGCAUCCUUCUUGUUGCAACCAGCAGGGAGUUCGGAUGUGAGAGUUCGUCACCUGUACUUUUACAAGUAGCUACAUCUACAAGUACCUACAUAGUUCGGGCAAAACAUGGCUGGUUGGACAUUCAGCGUAUGAAUUUUAAAUCGACAUCUUUGAGCAAAUUUGAAUCCAUGUUAUGAUUGGUAAGCCCAUAGCAACAGCAAUAUAGGCCCUAUUAUUCUGAUCUGGAAAAACACUUUGCUGUACGUACAUGUACAUGUAACAUACAAAUGUCUGACAAGAAUCCUCAUUUGUAUGUGGUUUUACUUUCAUCAGGUUUGCUCAAAGAUGAAUUGUUUUCAUCCCACUGACACCUGUAAAAUUCGUUAAAAUGUUCGCAGUCGAACUGUCUGACAUACGCACGUAGUGUGUUCUGCAAGUGCAGUGGGAUCAUUUUACUAUCAAAUGACUAUAUCAAAUGUUUUCAAUUCCUUAUUUUCUGAAAUACGUGUACUUUCCCCUGUUACGUGCACUUUCCCCUGGUUAAUGUACAACUCGUUUAUUAUCUAUUGCUAAUUUUUGGUUUUGGAUAUUUGUUUAAAUUUCAUUUGUCAAUACAACCGCUAAUUUGAUUGUAAUUUACUUGGAAGUUUUUUUUUUCCUGCCAGCUCUCAAAAUCUACUGUAAAGUGUUGAAGUUUCAGAUCACCUGCAGUUCAUGUAUUCACCACAAAGCUUUUUUCACCACAAAACAUAAUGGCCAAUCCCACCUAUAUGCUGAUGUUAUUGUGUAGGUUUGAAAGCCUUUAGGCCAAACGCAUUUCAUAAGGUGUAAAAAAUCAUAGUUUGGCCAUUGACAACACCAAACAACUGCAGUAAAAAGAAAGGGUAUCGGUUGAGCAUGGGCAAAUAGUGCCCAAUUUUUGUUUUAUUCAACUCCGCAAAUAUUUUUAAUCAUUGCUGCGUUAUAAAAUAUUGACACUGUUCCUUGUUGAUUUACCCGUCAGAUUUCUCACUAUAAUUACGGCGGAUUUUUUUUUUCUCCCUGUUGCGUCUCGAUUCACAACAUCUUUUUUUAUGCACACCUGUUAUAACGCACGUGACUAAUCAAAGCCGUUUAAAGUCGGUCCAUACACCACAUCCACCGAUCAUCACCAAGCUUGAGUUGUUUUCGUUGGCUUCCCACACAAUCGCUCUGCCUAAUCGUCGGCACUAACUCAUCAAGGUCCAUUCUCCGUGUCGACACACAGCCCCGGCCGUCUCCCACAGAGAGUAGGCGUCGGGCCCCGGUGCACUCCCCCAAGCUAACUUUUUUUUGGUUCUCUCUCCUCUCGUUAAAAUCUAUUGAGUAUGCGCGGCAUCUGCCAAAAUGCAGAACGGAUUUCCCCACUCCUUGGCCUGGUACGACUCUCUCCACCGCACCGUGCCUUUACACCCCCUCCUUCUCUCAAUCACCAAAAAAAAAAAAAAUUAAAAAAACCCAUAAGGAAAAAAACCUGAUGAAAUCCGUGGGUUGUAUUUCCAUUAUUGAUGUCACAGCGGCCCAUAUUGUACCAGUACACACAGUCCGUGCUUGCCAGAGCACAUGACCGUUUGCUGGUUUAGGGUCCGUACUGAACUUGCACAUAUGGUGCACCGGACUCACAUAGCACAGUUCUGAGGAAUACACACGUGUGAUACAUGCCAGUGGAUAUAUUCUCUGGAUUUGAAUGAGCAAUUCUGUAUCGGAGGGGAACACUGCACGGUUGACUGGUGAGUUGAUGCUUUCAAUUUUAAAUUACUUCCGUGUUUCCAUGUGUGAAUUUUGCUCAUUGAUUAUUAGCACAUUCAUAUAUCUCAACUUUUCACUUUUUCAGACCUUGCCAGAAAAAAUUGAGAUAUAUUUCUAGAACAAGAGUUUGUGGUGAUAUCCACACUCAUUUACAAUGAAACAACCGUAGUUCUUAUAUUUUUGACUGCGGUGUUCGUAUCAAACAUAUUUCUUGGACAUAAUUAAAAUAAAACUCUUGCUGUUACAGACCACAUCAGCAUCCCUUCAAAACUAAAAAAAAAUACAAAAAAAUAAUACAAAAAAAUCAGCACCUACUGGCACCACAAACUGUAAGCCUUAUUUGUGUGGCCUUUGCUCCGUGGGAGUUUUUCUGAGAAUCUUGAGUUGAAAUCCUUCCCGCAUUUGCCUGGGAUUCUGUUUACGGUUUCGCAUCAGGAAACGUUAGUGAAGCAGACUGAUCAUAAAUUCAAAUCAAUGUUCUGGGUUUUGUAACCUGAAAAAUCCAGGUGAGGCUGAAAAAAACCAAGACUCUUUCUUCGAAAAAGCACAUCACAAUGUUCUUGUUAAUUUUUUUAUUUCAUUUUUGGGGGGUUUUUUUUCAUGAUAAUGACUGCCAGCCGGCCAGCCAAUCCGAAUAUAUAAAUUUCUACUUUUUUUCACUUCACACUGGUGCCAUAAACGUCGAAAAACACUGUAUAAACUCUUGUCAAAAAAUUUGAAAUGUCCUCCUUUUUUGUUAGGUCCCAUGCCUGUAUUUUGGAACUUGGCUGAAUUUGGCAGAGUAUGGCAUUUUGUGGAAUCCUGGUUUAAAGGCCUACGGCAUGAAAGGAAAAAAACCUCCCAAAACCAAACAAUAAAUUUGCCUUGGCAGUGAAACUUUGGCUGAAGAAAGCUUUGUGCCUGGCAUUGGCGUCGCGAGGGGGGGGGGGCAAAGGGGCACUUGCCCCCUCUGGAAAAGCCACAAAAAAAAAAAAGGAGGAAAAAAAAAACGAACAAAAAGAAAGAAAAAGAGGUGCGGAGUCAUACUCCUAUUAAUUUCAUAGGGGGGGGGGGGGCAAAAGUCCCUGCCCCCCUCGAAAUAUUAUUAGUCCAGGAUACGCUGGAAAAGUACAGGGAAUUUUGGGGGAAUGUGCUUUGCCUUCCUCUAGAAAAAAAUCCUGGCGAUGCCCAUGGUGCCUGGCAUCGCUGAUCUAUCAUUUCCUUGACUUUAUGCACUACAUGUAGUUGAACCCUUUCCAAGUAUCCCCUAUUAAGUAACAGUUGAAUGAGGGGGAACAAUUCUGCAUCCAAUUUACUUGGCUACAGUUGGUAAUAACACACACUGUCUAUCAGAAUUGGAUUUGGCCGCUUCCACUAGGCGCUUGCGUUACAGCCAAGUAUUUCCGACACAGCAUAGGCUGCAUUUUCCUCAAGUUGUCAUUCCUCUCGCCAAGUCUAAGAGUAAACCCUGCCGAUACCUUUUUCGAAUCCAUCCUCAUCCUGUGCUCCGCAGUGUUUGCCUGUGCGCAACCUUUUAAACAGAAUUUCUGCUAGUCGUGUUCAUUCUACUGAUAAGCAACAGUUAUCACCAACUCGAUUUGUCAUAAUCAUCCCCCUUUUUUUUUUUUUUUACCAUCGGUAAUUUCUGUCCAGAUGUAAUUCUGACUUUGAUAGACGAGAAACACUUGAGUUUGUGUAAAUGUAGAUUUGUCAUUAUCAUCAGCACUCGGUGCUCGGUGUUUCUAAGACAUAGACAUGUAGGUCGGUUUCAAACCCUGUUCUUGUGUGCCAUCCCCCCCCCCCCCCUUUAAAAGCUGCAUCAUCUCAGCGCAAUCCCAUCUUCAUGUCUCAAUUUGCAGCAGUAGACCUUUAUCAUGCUGCCACCAUUUCAGUCAUGUUCCCUGUAUCCAAUAACUCUACUGAAUGAAAAUGUUUUUUGUGCAAAAGGAACCAGACUAUUUUUCCUUCCAGCCUCGAUUUGGUUACGUUGAUUUGAAUGGGAAAAAAAUCAAGAUGGCCGCAACAUGAUAAUGGUCUAUAUGAAGAUUGUAUGUGGACCCUCAGGACGCAGCAUUUGUGGGUUUCAUUGCUUGAGAGCAUUUUUGGUAGAGCAGCUGUAGCAGAGGUCACAGGUUCGAAUCCCGAAUUAGUUAAUUUUUUUUGAAUAACCCUAAUUUUAUUCUCAAUCCUCGAAUGAUUCUCAAAGAGCAUAUCCUUAAUCCAGUGUUGUAUCCCUUCUUUGACUGUACUUGCUGUUUUCAAUGAUAACAUUAUUUUACAGUAACAACUUUUAUGACAUAAUGCAUGUUUUCAAAGGUUGAGAAAAUUGAAUAGUUUGUUAACUGUGUCCUGUUUAUCUGAGCCAGUUGCGUUCGGUUCUUUUGCCAACUCAGCUCAUUUCAACAAUGCCAAAUUGUCAUUUCAGUUUGCGUCAUGACUGAAAUUUGUUUUAACCCUCGACUCUUUAAAUGCAAAAAUCAUCUUAAAAUACAAAAAUUGGACGUUCUGUACUUAAAAUGAACAUUAAAAUGAACAAGAAGUCCCUCUGUAAUGACUUCACAGAGGUUGUCGAUGGUAAGCUUUUUAUUUCUGUACAUUUGCCAAAAGCUGUUUACCAACAUACAUAGAAAUGCUUGUUUUAACAAGAUCCUGACAGAUCAAAUGUUAGGUUUGCCUUAACAGUAAUCGCAGCUGUUAAUCAUAACUUGGUACGGCAUAAUACAACUCCCACACUGGGGGUGGCAAUCAAUAUUGACAAUCCAUUCCAAUAAGGCAAUACAAUAAGGCAAUGACUCGGGAAACGGCAUUAGUGAAAGUGUCAGUGCAAUAAUCGUAGGCCCACCCCCCCCAAAAAAAACCUAAACUUCUCUUGGCAUAUGGAAAAGUUCAGUGGCAGUAUGUAGGGAACGCUCUUGAUCCAGCAAAGUUGGACGGAAAACACGUCACCCCCUCUAUUGAAACUUGAGAAAAGUAGGACUGAUUUUGAGAGGGUCAGUUUUACUGCUUUGCAUUUUUUUUGUUAAAAGUUUAAACUCGCCCACAAAAUUUCUUCAAAUCCUUCCUCAAAAUUUGGGUCUGAAAAUUGUGCACAGUGGCAAAACUACCUAAGGUUGAAGGGUGCCGAUGCCAAAGAAAAAGGGAUCUAUUAUUCAGAAUAUGCAGAUAUCAUAUGUAACAAAAGUUUCACCGAAAAAACUCCAAAUAAAUGGAGUAAUGUUCCACACAUCUCUUCCCCAAUUCCUUUGAACCAAAUACUGUGAAGAAAGCUAUAUAUUUUUUUCAAUGCAGUCUCUAAGACAUUUGUUUUAUUUGGAUUAAAUCCAUUGUAGUUUAAACUUGGUAAUGAACAUAUUACUAUAGCAUGCAUUGUGUUUAUUGUUAAGUCAAAAUAUUUUAAACGCAUAAAUUUUUUCGUUGAAUUCAUGUUGCAUGAAUGUUUCAGUGUUUGUAUAUAAACAUAGUAAUUAUCUUAUAAAGAUUUAUUUAUGAACUUUUGGUAAACUUUUACUUAAAGAAAGUUAAUAUAUUUCCUUGGACCAUCUACAGAUGACAAAUAAAAAAAAUGAAAGACU